AACAAGACGAGUAAUCAUCUGUUUUCGUUUGGAAAAAGAGAAAAGGACAGCCAAAUUCUUAAUUAUUAAUUCGAAUUGAUAACUUUAACCUGUACUUUUCAGUCGAAUGAAACCUCAAAAGUUCUCAGUAAUCGUGAUAAGUUGUUAGUGCGUGAAUGAAUUCCCUGAAGUGAAGCUUUCAUUCACAAGACAGACGCGAAUCGAAUGAACACAAAACGACAGUGUAAAUUCGCGCAGUAGCGCCAACAUCAUGAAAUUUCAAUGGAUUUAUCAGCAACAGGAAUUUUAUCAAUAUUAAUAGUUUUACCUUCUUUACGUAGACUGAAGUAGAUUGUUGUCGAGUUCGCGUUAACUGUAUGGUAGCGUAAUGGGUGCUAAUUUGAUAUACGUUCGGUUAAUUGGACGUUGUUAAUGACGUAUCGAUCGGUGGUUUGAACUCAGUAGUUAACCAGAAUCGAAGAGCUGCAACGUUCACGAUGUCUUAAAAAACAAAACGAAGUUGUUGCUGUGGUAAAAUGACACCUAUCGCUGUGAUGAUGUUCGUAGUACGAAGUUGUGCCAGAUUAUCAAGCUGCUGCAAAUAAUGCCAAAAUGUCCAUCAGAGUAUCAGAUAAAGAUAAAAAACUCGGUCACCGCCGAGUCGGCGAAGAAGGCGAAAUUACAUACAAACGUAUAACUUCGAACCAGAUCAUGGGAUCGAUCCAGCUCGGUAUUCAAUACGCUGUCGGUGGUUUGGCUUCGAAACCAGAACGAGAUUUACUCAUACAGGAUUUCAUGACCGUCGAGACGAAGGUGUUCACUAGCGACGGAGCUAAUCUAACUCCUGCCCAUAAAUUUCCGAGAUUUUCGUUCAAAAUCUACGCCCCGAUCGCGUUCAGGUAUUUCCGAGACGUAUUCGGUAUUCAGCCGGAGGAUUUCAUGCUGUCGUUUUGUAGCGCACCUUUACGCGAGCUGUCUAACCCAGGAGCCAGCGGAUCGAUAUUUUACGUCACCGAUGACGACGAGUUCAUCAUCAAAACAGUCACACACAAAGAGGCGGAAUUCUUGCAAAAAUUAUUACCCGGUUACUAUAUGAAUAUCGUUCAGAAUCCUAGAACACUGUUGCCUAAAUUCUUCGGCCUCUAUUGCUACCAUUGUAAUUCGAAAAACAUUCGGUUAGUCGUGAUGAAUAAUCUGUUCCCAUCGUGGAUCGAGAUACACGAAAAAUACGACCUGAAAGGAUCUACUUAUAAGCGUAAAGCGUCCAGUGCGGAGCGAGCUAAAUCAACGCCGACCUAUAAAGAUCUGGAUUUCAUGGAACUGCAUCCGACUGGAUUGAUUCUCGACCACGAAAUGUACGACGCUCUGUGCAAAACCAUCGAAAGAGAUUGCACCGUGUUGGAGAGUUUUAAAAUAAUGGACUACAGUUUACUUAUCGGUAUGCAUAACAUAUCAAAAAAACUCAACGAUAGUACGCCAAAGAAUCCAGAAGAGCCGAGCACGUCGAAUGGCACGGUGCCUUCGAAUGUACGCGCCGAAGGGCCUAGUUUAUCCGCCAAUAGGAAUAAAAAAAGACACCUUUAUCAUACCACCGUGAUGGAAAGCAUCGAUCAGCAGUUAGCCAAUCAAGAAGUUAUCCAUCAGAAUUCCGGUGGUAUUCCUGCCAGAAGUGAUAAAGGCGAAGAUGUUAUUCUAUUCAUCGGUAUCAUCGAUAUCCUGCAAAGCUACAAGAUGAUGAAGAAGCUCGAACAUACCGUUAAAUCGGUAUUCUUCGAUAGCGAUACCAUAUCUGUCCACAGACCGGAUUUCUACGCUAAUCGAUUUCUAUCGUUUAUGAAAAACGCUGUUUUUCAAAAAAAUCAACUCGGUACAGCUACACAGGCCUGUGAUAAUAAUUUAAGCAGCAACGAUACCGAAGAAGCCGUUAAAACGGAGAAUACUCAUCGCAGUACUUAAAUUCAUACUGAUACGAUAGGUGUCGAAAAAAUAUGUAUAUUUUGCCCAUUGGUUUUAUUGUAUGACCUUUGUUUGUUUUUUGUUUUUUUUUUCGGUUAUUUGUUUGAUUUUUUAUUUUUAUUAUCCUAAUCCUUACUGUAAAGUUACCAGUUGUUGGUGAUAAAAUAUCGGAUAAAAAUAUUAACUUAUUGUUUUUAACGUAACAUUCCUUUGAAAAUGAUUCAUGGCCAACACACACGCUACAUUCCAUAUUAUUAUUAUGUCAAGCCAUGACAAAAAUUUAUCUUUUUUUUUGUUUUGUUUUUAUAAAGCUAAAAAAAUGAAGAACCACAUACGAAUUGUAUUCGAGUAACGAAAUCAUGCUUGCUUGAUGUGGUGUAAAUAGCUGAAAUUUUUUUCCCCUUGAAAUUUUUGGGCUUGAGUUCCUAUAAUUUAUUCGAUGUGCCAGUUAAAUGUUGAAUGUUUCGCCCGAACUGAGUUUUCGUUUUUUAAUUGUUAUAUUUAUAAGAUCCGGAUUGAAAAAGACGGUGUUUUUGAAGUUUUUUUUUUUUUACAUCAGUAUUAAAUGUUAAGUGGCUUGCUGUUUACUUACUUGUUUUUUCUUCUUUAAUUUCUCUCGAUGUAUUUCGAGCAAUGAUUUUUUAUCUUUUUUUUCUUCGGUUUUCUUUACAAUUUGAUCCAUUAUUUUAUUACGUUGUUCGACGACGAGUUCUUCGAAUGCGUUCGUAUCAUCGACCGGUUCCUGAGGAAAGAUAUGAUUUGAAAAAUCAGUAUUUACUAUUUAAAGCAAUUUUACCACAUUUUUGUGUAUUUGUUCAACAAGGUUGUGCUUUCAAAACGUGAAAAAAUAUUCUAAAAAGAACGGCAUUCCGCUCAGCAUUUAUUAUCUAGUCACAGAUGGUUGUAAUUUUGCAGUUUUUUUCCUUUUUUUUUUUCUUUUGUCAUUUGUUUAUUAUUGUUUUUCUUUCAAAAGAUAAAUUAUUAAAUGAUGUGCUUCCAAUGUGGUUUUUGAUCUUGAAAGGUGUAAUUUAAUGUGAAAUAUAUGAUCAGCUGCCGGAUUCGUACCAUCGUGAGGUUUGCGUCACAAUCAAAACUGUUGUAACUAUGGUUAUAAGUUGAUGUAUAGUUUUAUUUUUCUUUGUGAUUAACGUUUUAUUUUACUAAUGUGUAGCUAGAGUGUUGUUUUAAUAUGUAUUAAAAAUUUGGCAUCGAGUUA